GUUUGUAGCCUUUACUUCCCAUUCUUGGACGGGACUCACUCGAUCUCCCCUCAUAAUGCUUCUGAUCAUUUGGUGUGAUUAUCUUAAAACCACAUCCGAUUCACUCGCGUUGUUCUGUUCCCUGUUAAGUUUCGUAAAACGCGGAAAUCGACUGACUUCCAGAGGCAAUUCGGAAGGGGAAAAGGGGGAAGUUCAAUCAGAUGUGUUAAUUACCUCCGAGACUGGGCCCUACGCACGUAACAACGACUGGAAAAUAGUGGGCAGACAUGUCCCAAGAUGGGGGGUGUUACACUUGGAUAUGGACGUGUUUUUUUGAGUACGCGACACCAAAAAUACUGCUGAUCCGAAGCAGGAAAGUAGGAGCGAUCAACCGAUUUAUUCAGGCUGUAAUCAUUGGAUACGUGAUCGGGUAUGUAUGUGUGCUGAAGAAAGGCUACCAGGAGACUGACACUGUUUUGAGCUCUGUCACCACCAAGGUCAAGGGCAUUGCAGUGACAAACGCUACAGCAAUGGGUCUGCGAGUGUGGGACGUGGCUGACUACGUCAUCCCCCCUCAGGUACCAACUAAGCCCGAGAAGGAGGAAGAGAGUUCCUUCUUCGUCAUGACCAACAUGAUCAUCACCCCAGGUCAAAAUCAGAGUCACUGCCCUGAGAUUCCAAGUGCGACAGCUAAUUGCUCAUCAGAUAGCGACUGCAUGGCGGGGUUCAGCGACACACGCGGGAAUGGUGUGCAGACGGGCAGGUGUGUGAACUACUCGGCCUCAGCCAAGACCUGUGAGGUUUUGGCCUGGUGUCCGUUGGAAGAGGAUGCAGACCCACCAGAACCGCCAAUCUUGGUAGCAGCUGAAAACUUCACCGUUCUGAUUAAAAAUCACAUCCGAUAUCCCAAAUUCAACUUUAGCAGAAGGAACAUCCUGCCCCAUGUCAACAGCACCUACCUGACAAACUGUGUGUUCAGCCGCACCACCGACCCGGACUGCCCCAUCUUCAGGCUCAGGGACAUUGUCUCCGAGGCCCAGGAAGAUUUUCAGGACAUGGCUGUAAAUGGCGGGGUGAUGGGCAUCCAGAUUAGGUGGGACUGUGACCUGGACAUGCCAGAGAGCUGGUGCGUUCCUAAAUACACCUUCCGACGCCUGGACAACAAGGACCCGGAGAACACUGUGGCACCUGGGUACAGCUUCCGAUUUGCAAAGUAUUACAGGGACGGUGAAGUUGAAACCAGGACAUUAAUCAAAGCGUUUGGCAUUCGGUUCGACGUCAUGGUAUUUGGCAAGGCAGGCAAGUUCAACGUUGUACCGAUGCUGCUAAAUGUUGGUGCAGGACUUGCCCUCCUGGGUCUGGUUACGGUUGUAUGUGAUUGGAUAGUAUUGACUUUCAUGAAGAAGAAGAACAUAUACAAGGAGCAUAAAUACUCAUACGUGGAUGAUUUUGAGUUGCUUUCUGAAGAAACUCCCUAAGGAACACUGCUGGAGACGGACAUGGCAGAUGGACGAUAAGAGCAAAUGAAGGCGCCGAUUCAGCAUUUUGGUGCACGAACUGCAACUCGGAUUCAGUAGCCCACGAACUGUAAUAUUUUAACAUAAUACUGUUUAAAUCAGGUUAACUUGUAUCAAUGUUAUCUGCAUAUGUUAAUGAAACAAAUCAUGUAGUCAAAUGACAGUAUGCUAUAGUGAUGUCUGUGUUUAGAUUUUGAUACCAAUGUUAACAGAUAUGUGUGUGUGUGUAAGGCUGAUCUCACCUAUUGCAAUUCAGUGUUUAAUUUAUGCAUUUAAUUAAAUGUAUAGAAGGAGUGGGAUUUAAUAUUA